CGGCCCAAACCCAGGUCCGGGUUCCGAAGCCCCGCCCCGGGGACCCUGGGACUAAUCGGAUUGAGAGCGCGCCGUCCCGGGCCGCGAACUCGCCAAUUGCGGAGGGCCUCGGCCGCCACCCAAUCCGGAACAGACAGGUGCGAGGUCCGGAAGACAGAGGCCAAUCAGCAGUGGUUGCGGCCUGCUGGGGCGGGUCUCGGCCAAUGAGGAGGCUCGAAUGACAUUUCGGCGCGCCAAUCGGGAGUGAGAGAGUCUUCGUGCCCGCCCGCCCUUCCGGCCAGCGCUCUAUUUACCAGGGGCGUGCAGCCCGCUUGCCAAUCAGCGCGCAGCUGAACGGCCAGCAGCCAACCCCGGAGCAGCGGCCGGCCGGCGUCCGCCCGCACCCAGGAGUCGGGGAUGUCGUACAAGCCCAUCGCCCCCGCCCCCAGCAGCACUCCCGGCUCCAGUACCCCUGGGCCUGGCACUCCGGUCCCUACAGGUGAGGACCCAGCUCCACCCCUGCUCGCCUCCCCGGGUGCUCGAGGUCUCCCAGAGAAGACGGCCUGAGUUCUGCAUUACUGGGCCCGCCGCCUACGCUCCUGGAGCCUCAGUUUCCUGUCCUGCGAAGUGGGCGUGGUGACGUAAGGGCUUGUAGGUGGGGCGCAGGGGGAGGGGUUUGUCCCUGAAGUUGACCCGCCUGGAAUGAAGCAUCCUUUCGGAGGGAAUCGGACAGACUUGGCCGGGGGCUCGGAGCUCUGGGAGGAGGCGUCCCUGCCCCGUGCUGACCUCUUCCUCGCGCCUGUUGCAGCUGGAAGUGUCCCGUCGCCGUCGGGCUCGGGGCCGGGAGCCGCUGCCCCUUUCAGGCCACUUUUUAACGACUUUGGACCUCCCUCCAUGGGCUAUGUGCAGGCAAUGAAGCCACCCGGCGCUCAGGGCUCCCAGAGCACCUACACGGACCUCCUGUCUGUCAUAGAGGAGAUGGGCAAAGAGAUCCGGCCCACCUAUGCUGGAAGCAAGAGUGCCAUGGAGCGCCUGAAGAGAGGCAUCAUCCAUGCCCGGGCCCUAGUCAGAGAGUGCCUGGCCGAGACAGAGCGGAACGCCCGCACGUAACAGGAAAUGCCUGCACCUCAGCGUCUGGACCUCUCCAGCCACUGCAGAGCACCAGCUUCUCCCUGGCCUUCACCCCGAGUUGCACUCCCCGUCCUGGGCCUCCUGUGCUGUGUCCCUUGGUGGGCACCCUCCGGGAACCAGGGGCACACCCCUCUUCGUUCGGCAGCACUAACUGGGGCGCCCGGCAAUAGUUAGCAGCAAGGUCACUGUGAGACCCACCCAUGACCUACCAACAGUGUUGAUCCAACUGGAACUUUCUGCUUCUGUGGCCGCCACCACUUAGCACUUAUCCAGCACUGCUGACCACUUUGUCCCAGGUCCCCCCUUGUCCCCCAGCAGGUCUUGGAAGGCCUGUCGCCUCCCUGCCUUGUCUCCUGGGCCAUAGCAACUCUUUUCUCAGUGUGUCUUUUGCUAAAUAUGCCCUUUUUGUAUAAAAUAAAGAUGAUUUGGAGUUGUUCUCUCAGCUCUGA